AUGAGGCGGUCCUGCUACCAGGGGACGCUUCUACCGCAUACAUCAAUGGGUUUAUCCCCUGCCAUCAAAUUUGCUUUCUCUACGGAACUGACGAAAUCAUGGCUCAAUAGAGAUGCAAGCAUAGAGAUCGCCCGUUCCCAUCAAGUUGAUACCAUGAUUCUGGGCUAUGGACUUCUGUCGGAAAAUGUGGAAUUCGCCCAAGCUAUCGCCAAUGCCGGGAUGGUGUUUGUGGGCCCUAGGCCCGAAGCCAUUGAAGCUUUUGGGCUGAAGCAUCGGGCUCGUGAGAUCGCUGUAGCAGCCGGUGUUCCAAUUGUCCCCGGGACACAGGGCAGAGGACGAGGCAUGGAAGAAGUCCGAGAGUCUUUGGCACAAGUCCGCUCCCAGGGAGAGACUUUGUUCAAGAAUGCAGGGGUAUUCAUGGAGCGUUACUAUCCUGAGAGUCAUCACAUCGAGGUCCAGGUGUUUGGUAAUGGCCUGGGGAUGCAAUUCAUGUCGGAGAACGGGAGUGCUCGAUUCAACGCCGACAUUAAAAUGUUGUCGAAGAGUGCCCAGCCCGUUCGUGGAAAAGCACUUAGCCGACUGGGAGUAUGCGACUUCGGAGGUCUGGACAAGAGCUAUCUGGGGUCUUUGCAGCCGGACAACCCUUCAGGCUGUGCGAUUGAAGCUCGCAUGUACGCAGAGAACCCUGCUCGGAAUUGCUCUCCCUCCUGGAUUGCUUCAACAUGUUGA